CCCCCCCUCAAAAAAAAAGCAAAUUUCUUCUUCAGUUUUCUCUCUUUCGGUCUAAAUUCUCUUCUCUUCUUUCGCCAUGGAUCCUUACAAGUAUCGUCCUUCAAGUGCUGCCAAUUCCCCUUUCAUGACAACAAAUUCUGGUGCUCCAGUGUAUAACAACAAUUCUUCCUUGACUGUUGGAGCUAGAGGGCCAAUUCUUCUCGAGGAUUAUCAUCUGGUGGAGAAGCUUGCCAAUUUUGAUCGUGAGAGAAUCCCAGAGCGCGUUGUUCAUGCCAGAGGUGCCAGUGCUAAGGGUUUCUUUGAAGUCACACAUGAUAUAUCCCAUCUUACAUGUGCUGAUUUUCUUCGAGCUCCUGGGGUCCAGACACCUGUUAUUGUGAGGUUCUCUACUGUUAUCCACGAGCGUGGAAGCCCUGAAACCCUCAGGGACCCUAGAGGAUUCGCUGUAAAAUUUUACACCAGAGAGGGUAACUUUGAUCUGGUUGGAAACAACUUCCCUGUCUUCUUCAUCCGUGAUGGAAUGAAGUUCCCUGACAUGGUUCAUGCACUAAAACCAAAUCCAAAGACUCACAUUCAGGAGAACUGGAGGAUCCUUGAUUUCUUCUCUCACCAUCCAGAGAGUCUUCAUAUGUUCAGUUUCCUGUUUGAUGAUCUGGGUAUCCCACAAGAUUACAGGCACAUGGAUGGUUUCGGUGUUAAUACCUACAUGCUGAUCAACAAAGCUGGGAAAGCACAUUAUGUGAAAUUCCAUUGGAAGCCAACUUGUGGAGUCAAAUGCUUGUUGGAUGAAGAAGCUAUUAAGGUCGGUGGAGCAAAUCAUAGUCACGCCACCAAGGAUCUCUAUGAUUCAAUUGCUGCUGGGAACUAUCCCGAGUGGAAACUGUUCAUCCAAACUAUCGAUCCUGAUCAUGAAGACAGAUUCGACUUUGACCCCCUAGAUGUAACCAAGAUCUGGCCUGAGGACAUCUUGCCAUUACAACCAGUUGGUCGCUUGGUAUUGAAUAAGAACAUAGAUAACUUCUUUGCAGAGAAUGAGCAGCUUGCUUUUUGCCCUGCCAUUAUUGUCCCUGGUGUUCACUAUUCGGAUGAUAAGCUCCUCCAGACUAGGAUAUUCUCAUAUGCUGAUACCCAGAGACACCGUCUUGGGCCAAACUAUCUGCAGCUCCCAGCUAACGCUCCCAAGUGUGCUCAUCACAAUAAUCACCAUGAAGGUUUCAUGAAUUUCAUGCACCGUGAUGAAGAGGUCAAUUAUUUCCCUUCAAGGUUUGAUCCUUGUCGUCAUGCGGAGCAGUACUCAAUUCCUCCUCCUGUCUUGACAGGAAAACGUGAAAAGUGCAUCAUUGAGAAAGAGAACAACUUCAAGCAGCCAGGAGAACAUUACAGAUCUUGGGCACCGGACAGGCAAGAAAGAUUUAUCUGCAGAUGGGUUGAUGCUCUAUCCGAUCCUCGAGCCACUCAUGAAAUUCGCAGUGUUUGGAUUUCAUACUGGUCACAGGCUGACAAGUCUCUUGGUCAGAAGCUCGCAUCUCGUCUCAAUGUAAAGCCUACAAUGUGAAGGUGAUAAACGGUAUAUCCAAAUGUGUUGCUGUAGUGAAGAAGUAAUCCAAGAAAACAAUGUUUGUUUUGGUUGUGUACUGUUUUGGUGAUUGGGGUUGUAUGCUUGUACCAAACAAACUUUCUUGUAUUAAUUCUGACGUUGCCGUCACUUGAAUAAAUUAAACGUUUUAGUCUCAA